AUGAAUAUAAUACUAAGUUUGCUCUUUCUAUUAAUCGCUCCUACUUUUGGUUCAAAUCUUGGAGCAGGAAUUGAAGAUUUAAAACUUGAACCAAUAUCCUCACUUGAUAGAGUUCAAAUUAUUCACGUUGAAAAUAUCAAAUCAAUUACCAUGAAUAUGUUUGCUAAACAUGAUAAUGUAAUUAUGGUCAAAGAAACAAAUUCAUCAAUAAUGCAUCAAUCUACUCUUGAUACAGCUUCACGUAUAUCUGGAACACCAUUCCGAACUCAAUUGAAUGAUUCAAAACUGCAGAAGAACACUUGGUACGAAUUCAAAACGAUUGGUUCAACCCAAUAUUUGGGCCCUAAAAGGCCACUUACAGGCUGUUUAAGCAAUAGUAAAGGAGAUGGCGGUUCUCUCUCUUCUUCAUUUUCUAAAACUUUUGGGAAAUCAAGUUUUUUCGAUCUUUCUUAUGGUUAUGCUCUUUUAACUUCAUUCAGUGUAGCUGUGGGGUAUUCAUUUACCAUUGAAUCUUAUUAUACUGUUUCUGGAAGUUAUUCCUGUACUGUUCCAGCUAAUACCACUGGACAAGUGUUCAUCCAACCAUACUAUUUGGAAUAUCAAGAUCCUCAAAUUCGAAAAGUUAAUAUUAUAGAAGGAAGGGUUUGGCCCAAUCCUUUUACACUUUCUCCACAUUCAGCUGUAUACGACGAAUGGGAGUCCAUUGAUAGUUUGGUUGUGCUUUCACCGGAAUCAAGACCAAUUUUCACGUGUGUUACCGAAGAAAGUCUACUAGCUUGUGAUGAAGAAAUCUUGGGUGAUACAUGGCAAAUUUAA